UCGGAUUUACCCUCCGACUACACUACCUCUCUCUCACUUACGAAGUUCCUUUUGGAAUAUUCUGCAUCAUCAUGACUCUUGAGGAAGUUCUGAUCCAGAAGUCCGCUGAGCGUGCCCAGUGCACCAGCAAAGCACUAGAGGAAGUUCUGCUCUCUGCUAAAGAAAAUGACUGCCUGACGGUUGGUGUCUACGAGUCUGCUAAAGUUAUGAACGUGUAAGUAUGACUUUCUUGAAAUACCAAUGUAAACUUAUAAAUUAUAUCUAUGUUUUGCUCAUUUUGAAGUCAUUUUGCAUAUACUUAUGGUGCUUCUAUUUUUUCUUUACAGUGACCCAGACAGCGUGUCUUUCUGUGUUCUGGCCACCGAUGAGGAGUGGGAGUGUGACAUUGCUCUCCAGAUCCACUUCACCCUCAUCCAGUCUUUCUGUUUUGACAACGACAUCAGCAUCGUCAGAGUGAACAACAUGCAGCGCCUGGCUGAGAUUGUUGGUGACAAGGCUGGCCAGCUUGAAGAUGCCCACUGCUGUCUUAUCACGGUAUGUUACAUUACAACUCAAACUGACUUAAUUUAAACAUUUAAUAAUAGAGAAUGUUAUGAACUGUUCAUUGUGUCCAUGUGACUAAUGUUCCUUUCCCCACUUGUUUGUCAACAGAACCCAGCUGAUGGUUCUUGGGAGGACGCUGCUCUGGAGAAGCUGCACCUGUUCUGUGAGGAGAGCCACAGUCUGAACGACUGGGUUCCAGAGAUCACCCUCCUUGAGCGCUGA